AUGGGGGGUCUUUCGAGUUCUGGGGAUUCCGAUCGGAACCCGGACGAUGAAGAAAUCGUCUCCCAAUUUUCGCGUCUACCCGAGGUUAUUUUCAGUACCGGCCUGACUAUCAGAGACAUCUUACCCGAAGAUCCCAGUAAAUAUGACAAAAUGAGACCGCCCAAGAAAGACGGUCAACCGACCAAAGUCUUUUUCCACGUCACCGUCAUGGGGUUGGACAGCAUCGACGAAAACUCGAUGACAUACGCUGCUGAUAUAUUCUUCGCACAGACGUGGAAAGACCACAGACUUAGGUUGCCGGAGAAUAUGACCACCGAAUACCGUUUGCUCGAGGUCGAUUGGUUGAAAAACAUGUGGCGACCCGAUUCUUUCUUCAAAAACGCCAAAUCUGUCACGUUUCAAACGAUGACGAUACCGAACCAUUACAUGUGGCUGUACAAGGACAAGACCAUAUUGUACAUGGUUAAGCUUACACUCAGGCUGUCAUGCGCAAUGAAUUUCAUGAUAUACCCCCACGAUACGCAAGAGUGCAAGUUGCAGAUGGAAAGUCUAUCUCAUACUACGGACGACAUGAUUUUCCAAUGGGACCCCGACGUCCCAUUGGUUGUCGACGAAAACAUCGAACUGCCCCAACUGGCACUGGUACAGAACCAUACAGCAGACUGCACUCAAGUGUACUCUACGGGUAAUUUCACGUGCCUGGAAGUCGUCUUCCAGCUGAAAAGGCGCCUUGGAUACUAUCUCUUUCACACCUACAUACCCACGUGUCUUAUUGUAAUCAUGUCGUGGAUCUCGUUUUGGAUAAAACCGGAGGCGGCGCCAGCCAGGGUCACCUUGGGCGUCACCUCACUGCUUACACUGUCCACGCAACACGCGAAGAGCCAAGCGGCCCUGCCGCCCGUUUCUUACCUGAAGGCGGUCGACGCUUUCAUGUCCGCUUGCACUGUGUUUGUUUUUAUGGCACUGAUGGAAUACUGCCUCGUCAACAUAGUCCUGGGCGAUUCGGAUCUGCCCAAACCUCCACAGCCGCCGAAACAAAAAAGUGACUCGAUUUUUGAGAUGCCGCCUAAGGAAAACGCACUGCUUUUGUCGGGGCCCCCCCGUCCAAUUCCUACGGUAACACCGGCCCAGAAGGCGCGAAACAGGGCGAUUAAUAUAGACAGAUUCUCGAGGAUAUUUUUCCCGUUGUUAUUCACCAUGCUAAAUAUGACUUACUGGAUCAUGUUCGCGGAAUACAUUUGAACCAUCUCUGGUAGGGUCUGGUCUGGUCCGUAUAGUCGCCGUUCGAAUUUAUCCCUUCCGAUUUUUUUUGCACCACCUAGCCUUUUAAAUUAGAAAAAAAAUGUCAUAGGCGAUAAAGUUAUACAAUUUUAAUAUUUUAUUGUCGCGCGUAAUUGCUAUCGUUGAAUAAAUUCGAUGUUAUAAAUAUGAUUUGCUUUUUAUUUAUUGCUUGCAUCUCCGUAUUUGCAUCCUCUCGAAACUGUAAUUAUAUUUAGGAAUCACCUUUCGGAGAACCUCGUUAAUUAAGCGUUCGGCGCCGUCAUUAACGAGCACAUAAAGACGGUGGUUAAUAAAUUAUCGCCAGGGUCGCCAUAAAAAUUUCGUUCUCGUAAUAAUAGGCUAGAUUUCAUAGUGGAAAAAAUAAAUAUCGUAUUUAGUAUUAAUAUAAUAUUAUUAAAAUGUGAUCUUUAAUAAACAGAACAAGACUGAAUAGAUAACUAUUUAGAUUUUA